AUGGCCAGCAUGGAGGUCUUCAUUGGUCGAAUUCCGCCCGGCAUAGGUGUUGCAGAGAUCUCCGAUCUCCUGGUCCCAUACGGAGCCACAAACGUUCGCAUCCUGGAUGGCAAGGGCUGCGCGUUCGCGGAUUUCGCCAAUGCGGAUUACGGUCAGCGCGCCAUUGCAGAGCUUAACGGCUACCAGAUGCCUGGAGGUCAGCAAGGGGGUCUCAAUGUCAAGAUGGCGACCAGCAAGGUGCGCCCUGGUGAAAUGCCUUCCGAUUGGCGGCCCAUGCCGGGAGCUGCGCAGGGGGCGGCCGCGCAGGCACCCAUGGGUGCUUCUCAGGUCCAGCCGCAAGUUUUCGUCGGGCGACUUCCUGCGAAUUGCGAGCAGCGUGACCUCGAAGAACUCUUUGCGCCGUAUGGAGCGCACACCAUUAAGUUGCUGGAGGGUAAGAACUGUGCCUUCGCCACCUUUGACACAUGGGCAGCUGCCGAGAAGGCUAUCGCGGAGCUUGAUAAAACGCCGAUGAAGGCUGACGGGAACCCCGAAGGUAUAAAUGUCAAGUUAGCCGAUGUCAAGGGAGCGCCGAAAGGUGCCCAGCAAGAGCCCAAGGUUUUCAUCGGAGGCCUUGCGCCAACCAUCACGUCUGACGACGUCUGCAGAGUGUGCCAACAGUUCGGAACCAUAACCCACAGCAAGAUCUUCACCAAAAACGACAAAUCCAUGCCCUGUGCGUUCGUCACCUUUUCGUCGUUUACGGAGGCAGAGGUUUGCAUCAACGCUCUGAGUGGCAAGGAAGAGUUAGCGGCUGAAGGCAAGACACUGGUUGCAAAGAUGGCUGACCUCGCGAAAUCUCGGUCACAGGUGCCGCCGCUAAUGCCGCAGAUGCAGGCUUUUGCACCUGCCCCAAUGCCUAUGCGAGCUGUGCCGCCUCCAACUAUUCGCGGAACGGCCGGGGCGCAACCGUAUUCCCAAGCAUAUCAGUCACAGGGCAACUUUCAGCAGCAAGGAUUUCAGCAGCAAGGCUUCCAGCAGCAAGGAUUUCAGCAGCAGGGCUUUCAGCAGCAAGGCUUUCAGCCCCCUCACCAACAGUUCCAGGCGUAUCCGGCGGCCCCACCAGGCUUGGUGAAGGCCAAAGGUGGUGAUGACCCAGUGCCAACAUCGAUGGGGGGCGGCCAAGGUGAAAAGGUCUUCGUAGGCGGCCUACCUGAGGCUGUGAACAUGGAAUUCGUUUGGGGGAUGAUGGCACCCUUUGGCCAGGUCGCCGAUGUCAAAAUCCUAAGAAAGCAAGGAGCUUCGCCAUGCGCCUUCGUGCGCUUUGCCCAACCCGAGGAUGCAGACCAGGCUGUGGAGAUGCUCGGGAGCUGUCGCUUCACCGUGAAGUUUGCGGACAACAAGCCCGGCAUGCAAGGCCAGAAGCGGGGUUUCGACGAGGCUUCUCAGUUCCACAACGAAGUAUCUGAGCAUAGCAGAGACAUGUCAAAGCCCUACAGCACCUUCCAAGGCGCCUACGCGAGGCAGAGCCAGUCCGCCGGCAUCUCUCCUCGGAUGGACCCUGAGAGCAUGAGCAGCUUCGGCUUCGGGAAGCGCAAGCGCUUGAAUGUGGUCUCGAUUCUGAUCAACGUUCUCACACCGUGGCUGGUUUUCUGCGGUGUCUUCGCCUCGAUGUCCUUCUCGACCCACCACGAAAGCCCCGUCCUGGCCUGGUUGGCGGUGCUUGCAGGCCUCGCUUUUGCCGGAGGUGCAGGUGUCAUGGCGCGCAGGACCAAGAUGCAGGACCAGGAUCCUACUUGGUACACCUUUGCAGCCCUGGCUCUGGGCCUUGCGACCGUCUCUGCGGCUGUCCUGGGAGACAUGAACUACUGGUACAACAUGCAGCCGUACUAUGACAUCGAGAACAUCAACACGUACCCCUCUGUGAACCCUGCGCGGGAGAAAGGGCAACAGCUUAUGGAUGCCGGUCGCGUUUAUUUCGAGGACGGCACUGGGUUGGACACUUCCAAGGCCAUGGCAUUCCGGAACCUCGACAGGUACUGCGUUGCACCCAUCGUCUUUGGACAGGAGCCUCUCGCCUCUUACGACUUCUGGGCU